ACUUGGGUUAUAUGUACUUGCUCAUGGGCAUAAUAUCUUCACCUGCUGUAUUUCCCGUGGCAUUUACAAUAACUUGGAAAAAACAAUCCGCUAUGGCUGCUAUUGUCUCUUCAAUUGUUGGUGUCAUUUGUGGAAUUAUUGCUUGGUUAGUUACCGCUAAAAAACUUUUUGACGAAAUUACUAUUCAAUCUACUGGUGACAAUUAUCCUAUAGUAUCCAUCUUAGUUCCGUUGAUUAUUACCGUAAUUUGGUCAUCAAUUUUCCCUGAUAAUUUCGACUUUGAUAUUACCCGUACAGAAUUAAAAGUUUUAACUGAUGAUGAAGUUAAUGAUACAUAUAAAGAUGUUGAUCCAGCUGAAACAGAUCCUGUUAGAUUAAAAAAAGCAUUUCAAUUUGCUCUUUGGUGUAGUAUUAUUUUAACAAUCAUAUUAGUUAUUCUUUGGCCAUUACCCAUGUACUUUUCGAGAUAUGUUUUCUCCAGACCCUUUUUCACUUUUUGGGUGGCUAUAAGUAUGAUUUGGGCCAUUUGUGGUGCUAUUGCUGUCGCCAUCUUUCCGGUGGUCGAAGCAAGACAGAGUAUUUUUAGAGUAAUUAAAGGUGUCUUUUUGGAUAUUACUAGAAGAGGUACUGGAUCAGUUGAUGAAAUAGUUGAAGUCAAGCAUGACACAGUUAAUAAUGAGAAAGUUACCAAAGUCUAA